AUGGUGGCGUUCUCGACUCUGUCGGGGCUCAGUGCCCUGCCCUUUCUGUUUUCCUUAGUCCAGCAUGCGUAUGGUGUUUCUCUAGAAGUUUCCACAGAGAAAGGAAACUCGUCGAGCCCCAUCUUGUAUGGCUUCAUGUUCGAAGACAUUAACCAUUCCGGGGACGGGGGUAUUUAUGGUCAGCUGCUGCGCAAUAAUGGUUUGCAGGGAAGCGAACCUGACCUGACUGCGUGGGCUGCAGUCGGCGAUGCCACUAUCGCCGUUGACGCGCAGAACCCCCUGACCGAAGCGAUCCCGCAUAGUCUGAAACUCGACGUCAAACAGGGUGCAUCUGGUGCUGUAGGAUUCACCAACGAAGGUUACUGGGGUGUUCCAGUAGAUGGAAGCGAAUUCUUGAACACCUUUUGGAUCAAGGGUGACUUCUCCGGCGAGAUUACGGUUCGACUGGUGGGCAACAACACUGGGACCGAGUAUGGUUCGACGAAGAUCUCGCCGUCUUCGAACUCGGGCAACUUUACCCAGGUCACAGCAAAGAUCCCUACCAAGAAGGCUCCUGAUGGCGCUGUUCUCUAUGAGCUCACGAUUGACGGAGCGUCGGUUGGUGGUUCCUCCUUGAACUUCGGGCUCUUGGAGCUUUUCCCUGAGACUUACAAGUCAAGGUCUAACGGGCUCAAGCCUCAGGUGGCUCAGCCUUUGGCAGACAUGAAGGGAUCUUUUUUGCGAUUCCCUGGAGGUAACAAUCUUGAGGGUGCAAGUGAAGCUCGGAGGUGGAAGUGGAAUGAAACGAUCGGCCCCGUGGAAAACCGCCCCGGACGCCAAGGCGAUUGGUCAUACUACAACACAGACGGACUGGGCCUUGAUGAGUAUUUUUACUGGUGCGAGGAUAUGGAACUUACCCCGGUCCUGGGUGUCUGGGCGGGCUUUGCUCUUGAGUCCGGUGGUAACACACCUAUCACUGGCGACGCCCUGAAGCCUUACAUCGAUGAUGUGCUGAAUGAGCUUGAGUACAUCCUUGGCGACUCAAGCACGAAAUUUGGCUCCCUCCGUGCAUCGUACGGGCGCAAAGAACCCUGGAAACUUACCAUGGUUGAGAUCGGUAACGAGGAUAUGCUGGGCGGCGGCUGUGAAUCCUACGUAGAGCGCUUCACUGCCUUUUACGACGCGAUCCACGCUGCCUACCCGGAUCUCACCAUCAUCGCUAGUACCGACCAAUCAUCUUGCCUGCCCAGCAAGCUGCCAGAAGGCGCUUGGGUGGACUACCAUAACUACAACACUUCUGAUAAUCUCGUGGGGCUGUUCAGCCAAUUCGAUAACAAGGAUCGAUCCGUCCCGUACUUCAUCGGGGAGUAUUCGUGCCAGCAGGACAACGACUGGCCUUUCCUGCAAGGAUCCGUUGCUGAGGCCGUGUACAUGAUCGGCAUUGAGAGGAACAGCGAUGUCGUUAAGAUGGCGGCGUAUGCCCCCCUUUUGCAAUUGGUGAACUCUACCCAAUGGACGCCGAAUCUCAUUGCUUUCACACAGAACCCCAGCACGGUCAUCGAAACUACCAGCUACUACGUGCAGCAGAUGUUCUCUGUGAACCGGGGAGACACAAUCCAUGAUGUAACGUCUGAUUCUGCCUUCGGACCCGUUUACUGGGUUGCCUCCAGUGCUGGGGACAAGUAUUACGUCAAGUUGGCCAACUAUGGAGCUGAUUCCCAGGAGAUCACCGUGUCCAUCUCCGGAAAGACGGGCGGAAAAUUGACGGUUCUUGCAGACAGUGAUCCGAAGGCGUUCAACUCUGAUACUCAAACUCUGGUGACGCCAAGUGAGUCGGAUGUGAAGGCGACUGAUGGCAAAUUUACUUUCACGCUGCCGGCUUGGUCGGUGGGUGUUCUGGCUGCUAAUUGAGUGCGGGAGCAAAAUGGGAUAAAGUAUAUCUGAAUGUUAAUCCUUUCCUUUUGCAUGUCUCGUAUUUACCUUGAACCUUGGCGUAUGUUAUUAGCCUAGUUUACGCUCAUACGGCGGACUAAAC